CCAAGAAAGAGAUAUAGCAGCACGUGCGCCGUGGGUGGUGUGUGAGGGUUCAACCUCCUGUUCUCCGCCCUCUGCAGACCUGCACCCAGGACCUGUUGGGCUACAUCUCCGAGGAGUUUGAGGCUCUCCACCAGAUCCUGCGGGAGCAGGAGGAGGGCAUGAAGGAGGCCGUGACGAGCCUGGAGGAGGAGAACCGGGAGGAGAUGGAGGAGAGGCUGAAGGAGCUGGACGAAGAGGUGGCCUCUCGUUGCGAGACCCUGUCCAGGGUCCAGGCGGAAAUGGACCCGGCAGAUCCUGUGGCCUUCCUCCGGGGCAUCAAGGAGCUGAUGAGAAGAGUCCGUAAGGACCAGCAGGGCCACAGCGAGGAGGAGGACGGGAGCGAGGAAGGCUGCAGCAGUGAGGAAGAGGAGGAGUCGGACGCGGCCAGUAGCGAGGAGGAGGGGGACGAGGACGAGGACGAGGACGUCGUGCCUGUGGAUCCGGCUCUCAAGGAAUUCAAGGACUCGCUGAACUUUGAGGCCUGGCAGGAAAUGCUGCGGAGCAUCCACGCAGCCACUGACCACGAUGAGGCCUGAGGCCGCCCCUAUGUCGGUGACUCUGACGACCGUCUGCAGCUGCGUGAUCCGCCCCGCCCCCGGAGAGCUGGGGUGGGAGGAGAAGCUGGUGUCUGUUUUGAGAGAUUUUUUUUGGGAGGGGGAAGCCACCAAGGUCCAGCGUCUCUCGCCUGCCAGUAUGAGGCACGGGCCCUGGGCACGUGCCCGGGCUGCCCAUCACACGAGACGCCGGCAUUUCGCUGUGCACUGCUGCAGGCGGAGCCGCUUCCACUAGUGCUUCGCGCUGUGGGAUCUGGCGGCAAGAGAUGUUCGAAGUGUGAGAAUCAAAUAAACCA